UCAUUGAUGUCACUGAGCUAAGAUGGUGUUACCUUGCUCCCUGUGGAUCCUUUCUGUCUGUCUUCUGUCUUGGUGUUGUGAUGCCGAGUUGCCUGUGGCUCUGGACCCUGAGUCAGAAUCAGUCCCACAACAUCCAGUGAUCAAGAUUCAAGUAGAUGUCAUUGUAAUCGUGGUUUCCAUGAAAACCUCUAAUGAAACACCAAAAUCUGGAACUUAUGGCCAGGCUCUACAGGAUGGGAAGAAUAAGAUGAAGGAUGUGGAGAAUAAAGUCCUGGAUGCCUGUUCCCAACUGUGUCAGAGUCUUGCUCAGGAUCCUAAAUUGCAGCAUGGCUACAUUGUUGUUGCAUACUUUAAGGAACACCAGCUCCUGUGUUGUUCCUGAAGUGUGUCUAAGUGAAUGGCUGAUUCUCUGGAACUGAACUUACAGACAGCUGUGGGCUUCCAAGUCACUUCUGGGAAUGAAACUGAAGACCUGUGGAACUUAACUAACUUAAGAGCCUCUGCUCUCAACUGCUGAGCUUCUCUCCAGGCCCAAUUUUCACUUCUUCAUCUGGAUUGUUUAGCUUUCUAGUCUACAGCAACAUGAUAUUUUCAUUGUCUGUUUUAAAAUUGAGUCUUCAUUUGUAUCCCAGUCUGGGAUCAGAAUUUA